AUGGUGCAAUUCUUAAAGCGAUAUAUUUUUGCACGAUUUGGCAUCCCGCGUGCUAUCACCAGUGAUGGAGGAUCUGGUUUUUGCAACCGGGUAUUUCCCUCAUUAUUGAGAAAAUAUGGGGUCAAGCACAAAGUUGCCACACCAUACCACCCACAAACAAGCGGCCAAGUGGAGGUUUCAAAUCGAGAAAUUAAAGUGUUUGGAAAGUCAUGUCACCUUCUAAUUGAGCUUGAGCAUAAGGUUCAAUGGGAUUUGAAGACACUAAAUAUGAACUGGGAGAAGGCUGCGAAAGGGAGAGUGAAUCAAUUUCAUGAGUUGGAGGAAUUUCGGUUGAGAGCAUAUGAAAGUUCAUCCCUGUAUAAGGAGAAGAUGAAGAGGUGUCAUGACACCAAAAUCCUUCAGCGUGAAUUCCAAGUAGGUGAUUUUGUGUUUCUCUACAAUUCUCGGUUGAGACUUUUACCGGUAUAG